AUGGAGCUGGCGAUGGAGAACCUGGGCAGCCUGCACGGCGUCCCGCACUCGCAGCCCGCCGAGCUGCUGAGCCCCGCGCACGGGCGGCAGAGCUCGCACCGCAACCUGGUGCCGCACGGCCGGCCCGCCAUGGUCUCGGGCAUGGCCUCCAUCCUGGAGGGGGGCGACUACCGCGGCGAGCACAGCCUGGGAGCCCCGCUGCACCCCGCCAUGAGCAUGUCCUGCGAGUCGCCCUCCGGCAUGAGCCUGAGCAGCACCUACACCACGCUGACCCCCCUGCAGCACCUGCCGCCCAUCUCCACCGUCUCGGAGAAGUUCCACCACCCGCACCACCACCACCACCACCACCACCCGCACCAGCGCCUGGCCGGCAACGUCAGCGGCAGCUUCACCCUCAUGCGCGACGAGCGGAGCUUGGCCUCCAUGGGCAAUCUCUACAGCCACUACCCCAAGGACAUGCCGGCCAUGGGGCAGCCYCUGUCGCCGCUGCCCAACGGGCUGGGCAGCCUCCACAACGCCCAGCAGCCGCUGGCCCCCUACGGCCCCGCCGGCCACUUGCCCAACGAGAAGAUGCUCUCGCCCAACGGCUUCGACUCGCACGCCGCGAUGCUGUCCCGGGGCGAGGAGCACCUGGCGCGGGGGCUGGCGGCGCCCAGCUCGGCCAUGAUGCCGCCGCUCAACGGGAUGCACCCGCACGGCCACCCGCACGGCCAGCCCGGCGCCUCGCUGCUGGGCGAGCGGGAGCGCCCGGCACCCGGCCCCGGCUCCCAGCCCGGCGGCUCCGGGCAGGUGGAGGAGAUCAACACCAAGGAGGUGGCUCAGAGGAUCACGGCCGAGCUGAAGCGGUACAGCAUCCCGCAGGCCAUCUUCGCGCAGAGGAUCUUGUGCCGCUCCCAGGGGACCCUCUCGGACCUGCUGCGGAACCCCAAGCCCUGGAGUAAGCUCAAGUCCGGCCGGGAGACUUUCCGCAGGAUGUGGAAAUGGUUGCAGGAGCCGGAAUUUCAGAGGAUGUCGGCGCUCAGGCUUGCAGCCUGCAAACGCAAGGAGCAGGAGCAGCAGAAGGACCGGAGCCUGCAGCCCAAGAAGCAGCGCCUGGUCUUCACRGACCUGCAGCGCCGCACCCUGAUCGCCAUCUUCAAGGAGAACAAGCGCCCGUCCAAGGAGAUGCAGAUGACCAUCUCCCAGCAGCUGGGCCUGGAGCUCAACACYGUCAGCAACUUCUUCAUGAAYGCCCGCCGGCGCUGCAUGAACCGCUGGCAGGAGGAGCCGGGCGCCAACCCCGGGGUGCCCUCGUCUUCUACAAGCACUUUCUCCAAAGCAUGA